AUGAUUUACUCCCCAGCUUGAUGCUUUGCUUUGCAGGUCUCACACAGACGCUGUUUGACACCAGGCUUGAAGAUGCACGCGGUUCAGCUUUCCUCCCAGGCCAAACUCUCUCUGGAGGAGGACAGGGAGUCUGGCAUCGGAUCCACUCUUGACCUCACUGGCAGCUCUGAGUCCUACAAUGAACGUCCCAAUCGCCUCCCGACUGUACUGUCGAUACACACAGGCAGCGAACACAGAGAAAAAGAAAACUCUCCGCGCACCACAGCUGUGAGUCCAGGCAAGAUCAAGCAGCGUCUUAUCAAUCUAUCAAAGAUCCCUCUCCUUUUCAUCCUCCUCUUCCUCUUCAUUUGCUCGUUGGACACGCUGAGCUCUGCCUUCCAGUUAGCAGGGGGUAAAGUGGCGGGGGACAUUUUCCAGGACAAUGUCGUGCUGUCCAACCCCGUGGCAGGACUGGUGGUGGGGAUCCUGGUCACCGUCCUYGUUCAGAGCUCGUCCACCUCCACCUCCAUUGUUGUCAGUCUUGUGGCCUCGGGAUUGUUGAAAGUGAAGUUGGCCGUUCCGGUUAUCAUGGGCACGAAUAUCGGAACCUCUGUCACCAACACCAUCGUAGCCAUGAUGCAGGCCGCAGAAAGAAAUGAGUUUCAACGGGCCUUCGCCGGAGCAACAGUCCACGACUGCUUCAACUGGCUGUCGGUGCUGGUGCUGUUGCCCUUGGAGGUGGCGAGCGGGGUGAUUACCCAUCUGUCCCAGUGGCUGGUCAGUGUCUUCAGACUGCAGCCUGGGGAGGAAGCACCUGAGCUGCUGAAGGUCAUCACUGAGCCGGUCACCAAGCUCAUUAUACAGGCCGUCCUCUGCACAUGUCUGCUGCUUCUGGUCAAGCUGCUCAAUUCUCUGCUUCAAGGUCAAAUGGCAAAGGUCAUCCAUAAAGUCAUAAAUACAGACCUGCCAUAUCCAUUCGGAUGGCUGUCGGGGUACAUCGCCAUGUUUGUAGGCGCCGGGGUUACGUUUGUCGUCCAGAGCAGCUCCGUCUUCACCUCAGCUAUGACUCCUCUAGUUGGAAUUGGUGUCAUCAGUCUGGAGCGGGCCUAUCCGCUCACGCUGGGCUCCAACAUCGGCACCACUGCCACCGCCUUACUGGCAGCUCUGGCCAGUCCUGGGAACAAGAUAGUAGCUUCUAUCCAGAUUGCGCUGUGUCACCUCCUCUUCAACGUUUUUGGCAUCCUGCUGUGGUAUCCUGUUCCAUUCAUGCGUCUGCCCAUCAGGAUGGCUUACGUUCUGGGGGAACGCACRGCCAAAUACCGCUGGUUUGCCAUCCUGUACCUUCUCUUGUGUUUCCUGCUCCUUCCAUCCCUGGUGCUGGGCCUUUCCCUGGCUGGCUGGCAGGUGAUGGCUGGAGUUGGGGGUCCYUUUUUGGGCAUCACUCUGUUCAUUGCUGUAGUAAAUACGAUGCAGGCUCACAGCCCCCGGCAUCUGCCCACCAAACUCCGAACCUGGGACUUCCUGCCUAAGUGGAUGCACUCUCUCAAACCUCUUGACCGCUUGAUAACGAAGGCAACUGUCUGCUGCAGCUUCACUUGCGAGGCGGGUCAGAACGAAGAGGAGGACAAAGAGCCGAUCGCUCCGCACACAACGUCUGUCAGAACGGAGGAUGAGUCCGCUUCAUCCCAGAGUGAAGAACAGCUGGCUUAUAAUAACCCGGUUCUGGACUGCUUGGAAGAGAUCAGACCAGGUGUGCCAGUUUUCAAAUUAAAAGGCUUGGAGAGGUGCAACAGUACUCCACUGUAGUUGGACUAACAACAAACUGCAUUUUGUACUGUCCUUUGAAAAUCUGGAAUUUGUAGCAAACAAGAAGAAACAAUAGAAGCUUUCUGUUUUCUGAAGUCAAACAAUAAUAACAUCUAUAUUUAAAAGGUGCAGUCUUCAAUCUAUUCAAAUGCAGAUUAUUAGGUUUAAAUGUCCACUUCAGUCAUGAAGCUGUCAAGAAUAUUAGGCUCUCCCGGCCCAUUGUGAUCAAUCUAAAUUUAGCCAGAACUGGCCAUUUCAGUGGCCCUAACAAAUUUUUCAACCACAUUUAGACAUCCAUCCAUCCAUCCAUCCAUCCAUCCAUCCAUCCAUCCAUCCAUCCAUCC